AUGGGCAGGAACCAAGACGUCAGUGAAAUCCAUGUGAGGGAAAAAUUCAAGAUGCGAAGAAAAAGUUUUAGACUUUGCCGCAGCGACGAGAACGGCACCGCCUCGUUUGGGGACCGACACCGUAUGCUCAGGACCACAUCGUUGUACCGUGAACAAUACAAGCGCAUCCUUCUUAGGUCAGCGCUUGGCGACUACAAUGAACUCGUGAGGGGCGGUAUGCUUACGUGGGAAGCUUAUGAAGAGCAUCGCCGUGCAAUCGAUAGCUCAAUGGAAAUUAUCAGGCAAAGUAUUCGAAGAUACAAAGAACGCCGUUUGCAGGCUGGGCUAUUUUACCUGGUGCAUGAUAUAGGUGGAACCGGGAUAACUGUUCAUACACACUUGUACCGCAUGCCUCUCCGGGAAGCGCUAAGGAAACGUCGACAAGAAAUCAGAAGGAGGAAACCAGUACUCGAUGCUUCCAACAAUUCAAAGAAAUCGAAUAUCUUUGACACAAUGGUGCUGAGACCAUCUUUGAAAAGGUUGGUCAUGUGUACCUUAUCUUCCAUUAUAAUAGGUUGUGUUAUAGUUUUCUAUGAAAGGUCAUGA